CAGUCGGCGUGGAGAUAUUUCUCAACGAAUGCUCAGUUGCGACCGGAUAUAUUAGGAACCACGACUUUCUCUGUAAUUGUCUGCCAGGAUUGAAAUGUUACAUUUCAGGUGUUCGACAGUGCUGAAGGAGUUGUUUGAAGUCACCCUCAAGCGUCCCCUGCCCGGCUCCAGACAGAAGAGCUGGUUACCGACCCGCUGCUCCGGCACCGCCUCGGUUGAUGCCAGAGCAGCCUCUUCUCGUCUGAAGGUCCUCUAUGCGGUUCCUCACCGCCCGGUGCUGCGCACCGCGCCCUGCGCCGCCCCGUUCCGCUCAUACUGCACGAAAACUGAAGGUGCCGUAGAGCCGGACGAACAGCUAAAGAAGGAUGGUGUCAGCAGAGAAGCAGCAAUUGACAAGAGAAGAAAUGCUGGCAUUCUCCCCAGUUUGGAGGACUUGCUCUUCUACACAGUCGCAGAGGGUCAAGAGACGAUUCCCGCUCAUAAAUUUCUCACAGCACUUAAAACUACUGGGCUCCGAUCCGGGGAUCCCAGACUGAAGGAAUGCAUGGACACUCUGAAAGAAACUCUGAGGAACUCGUCAGACGGCGUUACGCUCGACAGGCAGCAGUUUAAGAAGUGUGUCCAGAGCAACAUUGUCCUGCUCACUCAGGCCUUCCGCAAGAAGUUCGUCAUCCCAGACUUCCAGUCCUUCACCUCGCAUAUUGAUGAGCUGUAUGAGAGUGCCAAACCUCUCAAUGAAGGACAGGUUGCAGACUACAUUCCUCAGCUCGCCAAAUUCAGCCCUGACCUGUGGGCCGUCUCCCUGUGCACAGUGGACGGACAGAGACACACAGUGGGAGACACUAAGGUCCCCUUCUGUCUGCAGUCCUGUGUCAAGCCCCUGAAGUAUGCUGUCGCUGUCCACGACCACGGCACAGAGUACGUGCACAGCUUCAUUGGGAAGGAGCCCAGUGGCCUGCGUUUUAAUAAGCUCUUCCUCAAUGAUGAUGAUAAGCCCCACAACCCCAUGGUGAACGCUGGCGCUAUUGUUUGUACUUCACUGAUAAAGCAAGGUGCAAGCAACGCAGAGAGAUUUGAUUAUGUCAUGAACUUUCUUAAAAGCAUGUCGGGAAACGAGUACGUGGGUUUCAGCAACGCUACAUUCCAGUCGGAGCGUGAGUCAGGGGACAGGAACUUCGCCAUCGGCUACUACUUGAAGGAGAAAAAGUGUUUCCCAGACGGGACAGACAUGACAUCUGUACUGGACUUCUACUUUCAACUCUGCUCCAUCGAGGUGACCUGUGAGAGCGCCAGUGUCAUGGCGGCCACUCUGGCUAACGGCGGCAUCUGUCCCAUCACGGGUGAACGUGUGCUGAGCCCCGAGGCGGUGAGGAACACGCUGAGUUUGAUGCACUCCUGCGGCAUGUACGACUUCUCAGGACAGUUUGCUUUCCAUGUCGGUCUUCCAGCCAAGUCUGGAGUAGCGGGGGGGAUCCUGCUGGUGGUUCCCAACGUGAUGGGCAUCAUGUGCUGGUCUCCUCCACUGGACAAGCUGGGGAACUCAGUGAGAGGAAUCCAGUUCUGCACGGACCUGGUGGAGCUCUUUAACUUCCACAACUACGACAACCUGAAGCACUUUGCCAGGAAGCACGACCCCCGCAGAGAAGGAGGGGACCAGCGGCAGUUCGCCUUCGGACCCAUGGAUUACGAGAGCCUCCAGCAGGAGCUAGCUCUGAAAGCCCCCCUUUGGAAAAAGGUGUCCCCCAACGAGUCGCACGAGGACAGCUCCACCACUGUAGUCUAUAGGAUGGACAAAGUCGCCGAAUGAGAUAAAAGCCUAAAAAGGAGACCCGCCUGUCCCCCACAUAGACUGAUCGCUUCCCCCCUCUUCUCACCACCACCACCACCGUUACCUCACCCUCGAAUAUUUAUACAUAAACAAUGCGGAGGAUUAUUUAUUACUGCCAAUGGUUUCUGUGUGGGAGGGUUCUUCUGUUUCUGUGUGUGAUGGGGAAUGGGACGCUGCUUUGAAGUUGGCUCUGAAUUUCAAAUGAACUCUGGUUGCCUGAGUGUGUUUAGGAUCUGCUGCUCUGAUCAGGCUCUAUAACCCCCUUAUUGCAUUUUAGUAAGGGUUAUUGGACUAGGGCUUCAUUUGAAAUUCACUUUUAUUUUAACCAAACGGGGGAAAAAGGGUUGUGUGUGUGUGUGAGGAAUUUCACUACAGCCGGCUUUGACCCCAACAGUCUUUCAAUAUUUACAUUCUGACUUCUUUUGUGGUGUUUGCUCCUGUAGCUCUCACUGAGGCCUCUGCCUGCUGAUAACAGUAACACAGAUGCAGGAUGUGCCGUGGUACACUAUGAACUCCGCUGCAUAACGGAAUGUGUUUCUGGAUUUUAUUCAUGGGAAUGUUUGGGUCAAAGGAGAAUAUUGUUAACAUGAAGGUUAGCUGUGAAUACUUGGACUGGAAUGCAGCGGUGUUACCAUUUUUUUCAAAGUGAGCUGUGAACUCUUUUUUUUUUUUAGAUAUUUUUUUGGUGGCUUUUUGCCUUUAAUCAGAUAGGACAGUGGAGAGUGACAGGGAAGUGGGAGAGAGAGUCGGGGUGGGAUCAGGAAAGCGAACCUGGGUUUGCCGGCUUACGGUGCAGUAACCCAGCCAGUUGCGCCAUGGCAGGGGCCAGCUGUGAACUCUAAAGGGAUUUUAGGUAUGCAAGGUUUUAGCUUUUUCAAUGUCAUCAUGCUGGACCCCCAAAACUGAAAGCUUACCCGAGUCGCUGUCAGAGUAGUGCAACGUUUCUCAGCUCUGUGGUCGGUUUGAGCGAGCUGAUUCGUUAGCUUCUGAUGCUAGCUGGUAGCUUCAUGUAAGCAUGGACAUCUCUCUGCACAAUAUACAUCCAUCUUUCUGCAGCUGGUUGGGACUUAAACAAGGAGCUGCUGUUGCACUCACUCGCUUAUCCUGAUUGCCUUUGUCCCCUCCCAGUGCUGCCUCACUCUGCUGCUGAUGUGUUAGGAUCUAGAGUGUAGCCGGUUAGUUAGUUAGUUAGUUAGUGAAGUUACUCAGUACGGCUUUACGACCUCCAGUGAAAGCCCCCUGCAGCCUGAAAGAGCAGUCUUUUACUUUGUGCGCUUAGUAAAAGAUGUUGAAACAAGAUGCCUUAGAAAUAAUGCUACUUUCCACAGAAACAUAAAUACAAAUAAAGUAAGGAUUUUAGGAAGUGCUUUGAAUUAUAUUGCCACACACACACAGUAUAUAUUCAGUAUUCUCAAAGAAAAGUUCUCAAACUCUUAAUCUAGGCAUGUAAGUUCUCCCACUGUCUCUCCAUAUUCCUGAUGUCCUGUACUUCUGAAUGUCUCUAAUGACCGGUGUACAUGCAGAGCAGGAUGUGUGUGUGAUACACUUCAGACGUUCCGUAUUUAUAAUAGUGCCUCCUCCGGGAAACAGAGAAACUUGCACAUUAUGUCAGCAGCUACUGUGACUAGUAGGGUGGGGUGGGUUAGUCUGUUUGUAUACACUGUACACACUGUGUGGUGUUUGACCUGAGCUCAGUCAUAGCUGCUGAGUCCCAUGACACCGUGUUAGCAUCAUGGUGUGUGAAGGUUUUGCUUUUAUUGUCAUGUCAGUGUAUUGUUUCUGAUUUGCUCAUUAUACCAAGUAUUUCAAAAGCCCCUGUCAUCAGUCACACAGGAGGAGUUGUUGGUCUGUUAAAGUCUGUGUUCCUCAGCAGUUCAGUUGAGUCUGUUACUUUAAAUCCAUGGAUCAUGUUGCUUUUGGCUAAAGUUUUUACAGUGGACUAAAAUGUCUAUCUUAACUCAUCAAUUCCUUCUCUAGUAGCUGGAUUUUUUAAAAUAUACACAUGCACAAUAAUCUUCAGGAUAUAUGCAUGUACUGUCUGCACCUGAUUCAAAGGACAACGAGCUCUUCAUUUUCUUCCCUAUAGUAAAGCCUGCUUCCUGGUGGAUCAGAUGUUUUAUCAUGUAUACUGGCUGCAGUAUGUGAGAGCGGGUCCAAGAGUAGCUCUCGUUACACUCUCCCUCAGUUCAGGUUGAGUUUUAACCUUUUGUUUUCUUUAUUUCCAGACCUUUUUUUUGUGAUUUUAAGACCAUCAGUCCUGUAGGUUGCCUGGUUUUGCUGUUGCAGUACAAGGUCAUUGGCACACUGACUGAUUAAACCGUAUUUUAUCCAAUCAAAGCUAUUUAUCUGACAUCUAAAUCAAAUCAGAGCCUGAUGCUGCUUUGCAACCAAUCGUAAUACUUGAAGUUUUAAACGUCUCACUCCUCAAGCUGUGAUUAUUCCUCUGUACAAUCAUACUCAUGACAGAAGGCUUCUGAAAGCAGUUUCCAGUAUUUCCAUUAAAAUCAUCAGAUUGUUAUGGUUCAUGACAUGUAUUUAAUGUUUCUUUUUUCCUCUGUAAGUUCUCCCUCUCCCUCUUGCAUGCAUACUUUGUCUGAGUUGAUGAAUGUCUUUUCAGUACCCUGUAAUCAUUACGUUGUAAGUUCAUUUGAUUACCUUCCACAUGUCUUUAUUUAUGUUGACUUUUGUCAUAGACAUAUAUUUUUACUUGUGACAUGGAAAUUGCAUCAUUUAUAAACUACCAUUGCAAUUUGUGACCUUUGAAUUGUUAAUGCUCUAAUAUUUUUUAGGAGAUAUUUAUGCAUAUGCAGUGGAUCUUAUGCCAAAGACUAAUUCCUGAAAAAGAUUCAGAAAAAUACAAAUUGUAAAGUUGUUACAUGGGUUGAAAAAAUCUCCCGUAGCUGAGGCCGUGCAGUUCCAAGCUCAUUCUGUCAAAAAUGUUUUGAUUUGUUUUCACAGUCCACAUGGUUGUAAUUGUGUGUGUAAAGUCUCCAUAAACUCCAGGAACUGUCCUGAUCGAACACCGGUUUCUCUGAGUGGUUAACCAGCAGACAGGACAGUGAACAUGGGCUUUUUAAAGACUUUGUGUCCCUUGUAUAAAAUCUAAUAAUAAAACAUUAUUAAAUAUGA